AUGUCAACGUUAGGUACCCCAGGAAUAUAUGAAAGAUUAAUGGAAGUCAUAGACCAGAGGUUGGUCAAAGGAUUUCACCCCGCAUUCUUUGUCCCCAUCAUGGGAACAGGGAUUGCUAGUUGCAUCCUUUACAGAUUCCCAUAUCCCGCCGAAUGGCUCAAAGUUUGCGGAGUAAUCAUGUUUGGGUUUGCUGUGUUCUUCUUUCUCACUUCAAUGUUCUUCUUUACUUGGUCAUGUCUAAAAUAUAAGGGCUAUUGGUCUAAAUUCAAUUCUGAUACAGCUAUUGCUCCUUUCAUGGGAUGUUUGGCUAUGGGAUACACCACCUUAGUCAAUUUUUUAUAUUUCUUAACCUUGAAACGUUGGAUAAUAGGAAUAUAUGUUCUUUGGUGGAUUGCUGUGUUGAUGUCAUUAUACUGUGCAAUUGUGGUGUUCUACUUUGCAUUAAUUGCAAAGAAACAUGGGAAUCAAAAUGAACUUGACCCUCGGAACUUGCAUUCAGUACUUUUAUUGCCAAUAGUUACAUUGACUGUGGUUGCAUCAUCAGGAGGAUUAUUCCUACAGGAUUUGCCCACGCUUAACUUGAAGAUUACUACCAUGUUCUUCAUUUAUAUUCUUUGGAGCAAUGCUAUAGCAUUGGCUACAAUAAUUCUUGCCGUGUACUUCUGGAAACUUUUGGUGUAUAAAGUUCCACCAACCAAUAUGGUAUUCACGUCAUUUCUUCCUAUUGGUGUAUUGGGCCAGGGGGCUUUCGCUAUAUUAUUAUUUGGUAAGAAUGCAGCCACUUUGGUAGCGGACCAUACAGAUACACUCAUCACUUCUGAUCACAUUCGAUUCUUAAAUGAAGUCGGCAUUAAAGGACUCCAAAUCUCAGGAAAUGAUUUAGGAGCCAUUCUUGCAUCUAUAUUUGUGUUUAUCACUUCUUUCAUUGCAUUACUACUUAUAUCAUUUGGAUACUUUUGCACAGUCAUAGCAAUCAUAUCAUGUUUAUCCAAAAUCAGACCAUUUACCAAGAACUAUAACCGGAAGUUUGCUUAUCAUCCUCAUGAUACUCAUAAGUUGAGGGGUCUUAUCGGAUUUAACCGGUCAUUUUGGGCCAUGACUUUCCCCUUAGGCACUAUGUCCCUAUCCAACACUGAGUUAUCGGUGUUGUUUGGCGAUUGCAACGCUUUCAAGGUUGUGGGUGCAAUGUAUGGAACUUCUCUUAUCGUCAUUGUAUUGGUUUGCAUUGGAGGGGUGGUGCACACUGGGAUCAAAGAUAUGACGAGUAUCAUUAGCCCCCCUCAAGAGAAUUCAAAAGUAUAG